GGGGCGUGGCCGUACUCUGAUUGGUGACGGGUGAGGUGGGCCCGGCUGCGGCCCGAAAUCGUAGGACUUACGAAAGCAGCGGCGGCGUUUGCUUCACUGCUUGGAAGUGUGAGUGCGCGAAGAUGCGAAAGGUGGUUUUGAUCACCGGGGCUAGCAGUGGCAUUGGCCUGGCCCUCUGCAAGCGGCUGCUGGCAGAAGAUGAUGAGCUUCAUCUGUGUUUGGCGUGCAGGAACAUGAGCAAGGCAGAAGCUGUCCGUGCUGCUCUGCUGGCCUCUCACCCCACUGCUGAGGUCACCAUUGUCCAGGUGGAUGUCAGCAACCUGCAGUCAGUCUUCUGGGCCUCCAAGGAACUUAAGCAAAGGUUUCAGAGAUUAGACUGUAUAUAUCUAAAUGCUGGGAUCAUGCCUAAUCCACACCUAAAUAUCAAAGCACUUUUCUUUGGCCUCUUUUCAAGAAAAGUGAUUCAUAUGUUCUCCACAGCUGAAGGCCUGCUGACCCAGGGUGAUAAGAUCACUGCUGAUGGACUUCAGGAGGUGUUUGAGACCAAUGUCUUUGGCCAUUUUAUCCUGAUUCGGGAACUGGAGCCUCUUCUCUGUCACAGUGACAAUCCAUCUCAGCUCAUCUGGACAUCAUCUCGCAAUGCAAGGAAAUCUAAUUUCAGCCUCGAGGACUUCCAGCACAGCAAAGGCAGGGAGCCCUACAGUUCUUCCAAAUAUGCCACUGACCUUUUGAGUGUAGCUUUGAACAGGAACUUCAACCAGUCAGGUGCUGUAUUCAUCUGUGUGUGUUAUUAAAUACCUGCCUCAUUAUGUGGAGAUGGGUCUAAGUAUUACCAUUUUCAGAUGAGGACACUAAAUCUCGGAGAACUCAAGUCAUUUACCCGAUGGUCACACAGCUUGUAAAUGGCAGAGCUCAGAAUUGAGCCCGAGGCUGUCUGACUUUAUAGCUUGGACUUUUCCCACUGUACCAUGCUGCCUCCUAGUGUUUGUCAUAGCAGACGUUUGUAGGACAGUCAAGUAGUUAUAAAACCUUCUGGAUAGUGGUGGUUUUAGGUAAGACUCCAGAGCUCUGUCUCUGAGGAUGUCAGUUUAUAGGAUGUUUUUCAGGUGAUGGUGACCCUUGUUGGUCAUACCGAGUCCUUGUGGUCACUGUGGUCUGCAGUUUACUGCUUCUUUGUAUGUCUCUGUUGCCCAGGUCUAAAUUCUUACAUGAAAAUCUCCAGUCUUCCCCUUGGACAUUUUCUUUUGUUUGCUUUGAUUAACAGUGUUGUAUGAGUGUGGGACUGUGGAGAAGUUUAAUUUCACGAACAUUUACAAAAGACCUAUCAUGUUUCGGGCACUGGGCCAGGUUUAGGGUUGAGGAGGAAAGUGAAAUAAAAAGAUGAUCAAGAAUUAUGUCUUACCUCAAGGGUGCUUCUUGGAUCAUGAAUUAGACAUAGAAAUAUAACCUUAUGUGAUGGUCUAGACCUGGCUUAUUCUGGAAUGGCUACCGUUAUCAGGUGGUAUUCUGUGAUCUGGCUCUUAGAAUCAUGCCCCCUGCUUUUUUUUUGAGACAGAGUCUCAUUCUGUUGCCCAGGCUGGAGUGCAGUGGCACAAUCUUGGCUCACUGCAACCUCUGUCUUCUGAGUUCAAGUGAUUCUCGUGCCUCAGCUUCUCGAGUAGCUGGGAUUACAGGGAUGUGCCACCACACCCAAUUUUUGUGUUCGUAGUAGAGACAGGGUUUUACUAUGUUGGCCAAGCUGGUCUCGAACUCCUGACCUCAGGUAUGUGCCUGCCUCAGCCUCCCAAAGAGCUGAGAUUACAGCGCCUGCGCCCAGUCUGAAUCAUGUCUCUUAUAAAGUUGAAGCUAAGAGCAUACUCUAGAACUGAAUUUGAAUCCUGACUCUUUGUAACCCUAGGCAUAUUAUUUAAUCUCCCUAUGCCUCAGUUUCCUCAUCUGAAAAAUAGGGAUAGUAAUAGUGCCUGCCUCACAGAUUUAUUGGGAAGAUUGAGGGGAUCUGUAUGAAGCACUCACAGCAGUGCUUUCUAUUCAGAAUGUGAGUUUGUGUGUGCAUGUGUCUGUACAAAUAUGUACAUGUGGAUAUGCAUGAGUGUGGGUAUGUAUUUGUGUGCCUACCCAUGUGUAGGGGAUUCAUAUGUACAUGUACGGGUUUUGUGGGUGUGCACACAUGUGUUUGUGAAUGUAUUUUUUGGGUGUGUGCGUGUGUGUAGGUGUCAGUGCAUGUGGUCUGCACAUGCGUGUACAUGUUCUUGUAUUGGCUGUUAAUAUUGCAGGUUGGACUCAGCAUGUUGGCCCAAUUGUGCACCUCCUUCUGAAGUUUCUUAUGUUUAAAAACUUGUCACACCUGCUUCCUGAUACUCUGUGAACUCCCUUUUAGAGGGAUUAGCUUUUCCUUUCAUAAAAAGGUCUGGGAUUCUAUUUAAGUCUCAGUUAUCGAGUAAGGUUUGGGAUUUUAUGUUUUACGAAAGAGGGAGAUUUAGCUAUUGCUUGUAAAAUCUGUUGAGAUUGGUUCUCAGCCAAUGACUUUUUCUCCUUGGCCUUUACGAGGAAAGAAGCAGCUGAGAAAGAACGACAUUACAGGAUUCCUUUUGAAGCCCUGUGUUACUGGAAAUGUUGUCAGGUUCUAUAUAGACUGCCUGAUAGACUUUAAUUAUCCAUGCAUGCUCCCCCACUCAAGCUGUAUAGAAAUACUCAGGAUCAUCACAAUUUAAUCCCUAUAAUUUAAACAAAUGGAAGGAUACAGUCUUGGUUACGAUUGUCUUCUUCUUUCUUUCUUUUUUGUUUAUCUCUCAACAUCAGAAAAUUAUAUAUGUUGGAGACGCUGGAUUUUAGUUUGAAGAUUUCUUCGUUUAGGACAGAACAGUCCCCAAGUCUUCCUAGGAAGUUCCUAGAAUAAGAACUUUUCCUUAGCUGUUUUAGGGGCAGAGUACGUUGUUUUCUUAGGAAAAACUUUUGGACUAUCAUGAGGAUAAGUCUUAGCUCUUGACUUUUUUUCUAGAGGAUUGUUGGUGAAUCAAGGGGAUUCUCAGGGAUGGUUGAUCCAUGUCAGGCAGUGCCAGUCCUCUGCAAUACCAAAUAAAGGAUGAAAAGCCUCCAGGUUCUGUUGCUCAGGGUGCUAUCUGUCCAUUGAACUGUCUGUUACACUGGCACUUCCUAUUUUUUUAUUUAAAAGAAAAAAUGAGAUUAAAAAUGAUAAAAAUGAGUUAAAAUAGUCAAUAUCAAAAUAAAAUAAAA